AUGAGCUCCUACUUCGUCAACCCCCUGUUCUCCAAAUACAAAGGCGGCGAGUCCUUGGAACCGGCCUAUUACGACUGCCGGUUCCCUCAGAGCGUGGGCAGGAGCCAUGCGCUGGUGUACGGGCCCGGCGGCUCGGCGCCCGGCUUCCAGCACGCUUCGCACCACGUCCAAGACUUCUUCCACCACGGCACCUCCGGCAUCUCCAACUCGGGCUACCAGCAGAACCCGUGCUCGCUUAGCUGCCACGGAGACGCCUCCAAAUUCUAUGGCUACGAGGCGCUCCCCAGACAGUCCCUUUAUGGGGCUCAGCAAGAGGCAAGCGUGGUGCAAUAUCCCGACUGUAAAUCCUCCGCCAACACUAACAGUAGCGAAGGACAAGGCCACUUAAAUCAAAACUCGUCUCCCAGCCUCAUGUUUCCAUGGAUGAGACCCCACGCUCCGGGGCGACGCAGUGGACGACAAACUUACAGCCGGUAUCAGACCUUGGAACUAGAAAAGGAGUUUCUCUUUAAUCCUUAUUUGACACGAAAACGCCGGAUUGAAGUAUCUCACGCCCUGGGACUGACCGAGAGACAAGUGAAGAUCUGGUUCCAGAACCGAAGGAUGAAGUGGAAAAAGGAGAACAACAAGGAUAAAUUGCCAGGAGCCCGAGAUGAAGAGAAGGUGGAGGAAGAAGGAAAUGAGGAAGAGGAGAAAGAAGAGGAGGAAAAGGAAGAAAACAAGGACUAAGCAAAAAAGAGAGAUUUUCCCCCCAUUUAGCAACUCCCUUGAAGUUUCGUUUUAUGGUAGCAGAUAAAUUGAGAAGUUUACGACUGUCAUUUGCUUUUAUAGAGAAUAGAAUGACACUCACAACUCUAACUACCUGUCAGAUACUUGCAGCUCUGGUUUUAUUACCUUUGGAUUUCCCCCACUCUAUUUGUUUGGGGGCUGGAGGGGGGAGACCGAGACAGCGAAAAGUUCGGACUCUCUGUCUCUCUCCUUGCCCCAACACACACACUUGUCCCUACCCCCAACCUUCUGAGUCCUUCCUGGAUUUUAAGGUCUGAGACCUGGCCUCCUUGUCUCCUCUCUCUGCCCCUUCUUGCCACAAUCACACCUCCCUGCUUCUCUGAUAUUUAUUUUAGAGGGGAUCCCCCUCAGAAUGCAGAAGAGGACUCGUGGCUUUGUUUUUAUGUGAGCAUUAGUGUACUAGAUUUUUUAACAAGGAAAGAAAAAUUAAAGAAAGGAAGGGAAGGGAAGGAAAGGAAAAAAAUUUUUUUAAGUAAGGAAAAUAUAGCAAGGACUAUCCCCUUGCCCUCCCUGGGACACCCUGCUUAGAAACUCCCUCUUGACUUUCUCUAGGAACCUGAUGGAAAUCUGAAGGAAAUGUGGGUCUCUCCUCUCCCCCUCUUUCCAUGGGGUAGAUUGGAGCCUGCAGUCACCUCUAAAAUCCUACCUAGUCAUCCCAUGGUCACUCGGGCCCAUGCCUUCCUCUCCUUCGCUGUUUGAUUUCUGUUCUGUUGGGCCCGGCUUCCUCUGAGCUGCAUUGGUGUUAGCGCUCAGAGAUCACUAUAAUCAUGAAAAUAAUAAUAAUAUUAAUAAUAAU